AUAUCGCCGUUGUUUUCAUGGAAACUGAGGAAGAUAAAUCAGCCCUCACAGCCGAAGACGGCGAUCCAGAUGUGGAUUUAUCCAAAGAUUCUAAACAAGGAGGUAAACUGACCUACACAGUGGAAGAGGCGAUUGACAAGCUUGGCUAUGGACCUUUUCAAGUAAAACUUAUGUUUGUGAUUGGAUUGGCUUGGAUGGCGGACUCUAUGGAAGUGACAAUCCUGGCGAUUGUAUGUCCCGCUAUAAGAUGUGACUGGAAUUUAGCUACUUGGCAAGAAGCUACCAUUACUACGGCCGUUUUCUCUGGAAUGACAGUAAGCACAUGUAUAUGGGGCUAUGUUUCGGAUAACUUUGGACGAAAGAAGGAAGUCCUGGCUUGUACCAUCGUCGUUUUUGCUGGUGGACUCCUGAGUACGUUUGCGUCGAACUACUUUUGGAUCAUGGCGUUCAGUACCGUAGUUGGACUGGGUAUGGGGGGCGUGGCACAAUGUAUGAAUCUUUGGGCAGAGUUUCUUCCAAGCAAGCGAAGAGGAGUUCUGCUAAACGCCUUAUCGUUGUCCUGGUCCCUUGGAUCUUGUUUGGAAAUUCUCGUCGCGCUUGUAGUGAUGCCCACGCUAGGCUGGAGAUGGCUGUUUUUUAUCUCAUGUCUACCUUUGCUUCUUUUCAUAUGCUGUAGCACGCUCGUCCCAGAAUCUCCUCGAUUCUAUAUGGCUGCAGGCAAGCCAGAAAAAGCUUUGUGCAUUUUGCAAAAGAUUGCUAAAGAAAAUAAUAAGGAGUUGCCUCCGGGAGAACUAAUCGCCACAGAACAACACGAGGUUGCACGAGGAAGGAUAAUAGAUCUAUUUUCUCCUGCAUUUCGAAGAUCUACUAUUUUGUUGUGGAUUAUCUGGUUUAGUAGUCAUUUUGUAAUAUACGGAAUAGCGCUUAUAACUACAGAAAUGUUCUCAAGGGUGGACCCUUGCAGAGGUAUCAAUUCGGAGGGGGUCCACGCUGCAAAAGAAGGUUCUUCUGAUACUUCACACUGCAAACAAUUAGAUUAUGAAGACUACGCCAAUUACUUCAUUGUAAUGUCUGGUGAUCUCCUAGGAUUAGUGUUUAUAUUUUUCAUGGUGGACAAAAUAGGUAGAAAAAUGGUUCAAUUCGUGGCUUUCUUGGGGAGUGCAAUUUUUCUAGCAGCCUUGUUCAUUUGCACAAGAAGUCGUUCAUCGACAACGCUAUUUUUGUACGCCUCCCGAAUGUUCAUCAGCAUUGCUGACAUGUGCGGCUAUGUAUACACACCGGAGGUGUAUCCCACGAGCAUGCGCGGUAUCGGAUUGGGCGCAUGCUCAGGUGCGGCGAGGAUCGGCUGUAUGAUAACUCCAUUUGUUGCCAUGGUUCUAAUGCCACACUCCAUUCUACUAUCACUCAGUUUCUACAGCGGUUUUUCUGUUCUGGGCGUAGUCACUGUGCUUCUUCUACCAAUCGAGACCAAGGGACGGGCUUUACAGGGUAAAUACCUUCUUUUAAGACUGGAGAGGCUAUACGAGGGCCUCAUGACUUUUACGGCUAACAGUUAA